GGAUAAAUGGGUGUAUAUGACUUUUCACCUGAUCUAAAGCGGUUCCAUGUCUUGCUUGGACUGUUCCUGUAUUCUACGUACACGAGUUGAAUCAAUCAGACCAGAAGAGCAAUCUGAGAGCAGCAUCCAAGAAUAUCUGAAUGAUUCUGACCUAGCCUGGAUUCCCCAACCUACAGGAGAGAAUGAAAUGAUAUUUUGCUCUUCCAAUGUCUCCCACUAUGAACUCCAGGUGGAAAUAGGAAGGCGAUUCAACAACUUAACUUCGAUCUACCUUGCACGACAUACACCUACAGGGAUGCAAGUUGCUGUAAGGAUCACGGAUCUGGAAAGUUGCUCUGAGGAGUAUUUGAAAGCUCUGCAGAACGAGGUGGUUUUAUCCCACUUUUUCCAGCAUCCCAACAUAAUGACACUUUGGACAGUGUUUACAGCUGGUAGUUGGCUUUGGGUCAUCUCUCCAUUCAUGGCAUAUGGUUCUGCUAGACACCUGCUGAAAACUUACUUUCCUGAAGGAAUGAGUGAAGCUCUGAUUGGGAACAUUCUGUUCGGCACAAUCAGAGGAUUAAAUUACAUGCACCAAAAUGGCUACAUUCACAGGAAUAUUAAAGCUAGCCACAUUCUGAUUUCAGAGGAUGGUCUGGUUUCUCUCUCAGGCCUAAGCAACCUCUACAGCUUAGUUAACAAUGGACAAAAGUCGAAGGUGGUAUAUGAUUUCCCCCAGUUCAGUACAUCUGUGCUUCCUUGGCUGAGUCCUGAACUACUGAGACAGGAUUUGUCUGGGUAUAAUGUGAAGUCUGAUAUUUACAGUGUGGGGAUUACAGCAUGCGAACUAGCCAAUGGACAUGUUCCAUUUCAAGAUAUGCCUCGCACUCAGAUGCUGCUGCAAAAGCUGAAAGGUCCCACAUAUUGUCCUUGGGAUAUAAAUACCUUCCCCCGUGGGGAAUCCAGAAUGAAGAAUUCCCGAUCCGGUGUUGAUUCUGGAAUUGGUGAGAGCAUGACACGCACAAUGACUAGUGAAGGACUGCAAAUUCCCUUUUCCAAAACGUUUUCCCCUGCUUUCCACAACUUGAUAGAACUUUGCUUGCAACAGGACCCUGAGAAAAGGCCCUCAGCAAGCAGUUUGCUUUCGCACACAUUCUUCAAACAGAUAAAAGAGCAGACACGGAGCUCAUUACUAUCCCUAUUACCACCUCCUAUUCAAAAUAACAGAUCAGCAUUGCUGGCAGUGCCCUCACCAGCAAUUGGGACAGAACUUGGAUGUGUUACUACAAAGCAAGAUGACAUAGAGUGGGAAUUCUAGAAAGAUGCCAAACCAUCAUACCUCUUCCCAUGCUUCAGAGAAGGAAAAUGUGAUUCCUACUUGCUGCUUUACUGUGUAUAGUUAAAACAUAAUUAGACAAAGUAUACUUGAAAAUGCAGUUGUAGUGCCCAUGUUUCAUUAACUUUUUCCUCUGUUGGCACCAUAAAGUGCAGUAAGUCUCACUUUUCCCUUGCUGUAUAUAGAAUGAUUGA